GGUUUGGUGUCUUACUGCAACAGAUUCUAGUGGAAUGAGAGUUGAUAAGUCUUUGUGCUAUCUCUUCUGGCCCUGCCUCACUGCAGCCAACCUACUGUCAGAGAGGAGUCUGAGCUGGCUAGAAAAUGUCAGACACAAUAUUUGAAGACAUUUUCAUAAAACGCUCCCAGCAGAAGAAGAAAACAUCACCCCUAAACUUCAAGGAGAGGUUGUUCAUUCUGACGCAGGAAAAGAUCUCCUACUAUGAAUAUGAUAUAGAGAAGGCGAAAAAGAAGUGCCUGAAAGGAACAGUGGAUGUUGAAAAGAUCAAAUGUGUGGAGAAAGUGAUUCCAGAGGACAGUGCACCCAUUGAGCGACUGUUCCCUUUCCAGAUUAUCUAUGAUGAAGGACCACUCUACAUCUUUGCAAAGAGCGAUGAGAUCAGGAAGCGCUGGAUACACAAGCUGAAACAAGUGGUAAGGUUCAACAAGGACUUAGCACAAAAGUAUCACCCGUGCUUCUGGAUUGAUGGGAUGUGGCUGUGCUGCAAGCAGGAGGUCAAGCAUGCUAUGGGCUGCCGAGUGCUGGACACCAAGAACGGAGGAUUUUCCAGUAAUGCAUCACGACGAAAAUCCAGGAAACCACUACCUCCAACCCCACAAGAGGAGACAAGUCCUCAGUCACUUCCUCAACAGCCCCCACCCCCACCACGGCCUAGUUCGUCCACAGGAUUUGCAGUGGUAGCAGAAUAUGAGUUUGCGCCCCUGGGUAAUCAGGAACUGGAGCUCCGGAGGGGUGAAGAAUACACAGUCCUCGAAACGUCAGAGACGAACUGGUGGAGAGCCAGGGACAAAUAUGGCAAAGAGGGCUACAUUCCCAGCAACUACGUCAUCAAGGCUGGAAAUGGGCUUGAGAAGUAUGACUGGUAUUGCAAGAACAUGAACCGCAGUCAGGCAGAGAACUUGUUAAAGGCAGAGAACAAAGAUGGUGGGUUUUUGGUACGAGACUCAAGCAAAGCUGGGAAGUACACCGUAUCAGUUUACACCAAGCUUGGAGGGGAAACAGUGGGUAGCUGCAAGCACUACAACAUCUGCACCAAACCACAAGGGCUUUUCUACCUGGCGGAGAAACACUGCUUUAGCAGCAUUCCUGAACUCAUAAACUACCACCAGCACAAUUCGGCAGGUAUGGUGAGCAGACUGAAGUAUGUUGUUUCAAACAAAACCAGAAACGCACCCUGCACUGCCGGAUUAGGAUACGGUCUCUGGGAAAUCGACCCGCACCACCUGACUUUCAUGAAGGAGCUGGGCAGCGGGCAGUUUGGCGUGGUGAAGUACGGGAAGUUACAAGGGCAGCAAGACGUGGCCGUCAAAAUGAUCAAAGAGGGUUCAAUGUCGGAGGAUGACUUCAUCGCCGAAGCCAAAGUCAUGAUGAAGCUCCGUCAUGAGAAUCUGGUUCAACUUUAUGGCGUCUGCACCAAACAAAGGCCCAUCUACAUUGUGACAGAGUUCCUUUCCAAUGGAUGCCUUCUUGAUUACCUACGGGAUUCUCUCAAGAAACCAACUUCCAUCCAGCUCCUGGAGAUGUGCAAGGACGUGAGCGAGGGCAUGGCCUACCUGGAAUCCCAACAGUACAUCCACAGAGACCUUGCUGCCAGGAACUGCUUGGUGGAUUCCAACGGGACCAUUAAAGUCACUGACUUUGGACUGUCACGGUAUGUUCUGGAUGAUGAGUAUACCAGCUCUGCAGGCUCAAAGUUCCCAGUGCGCUGGUCUCCUCCAGAGGUCCUGCUCUACUCCAAGUUCAGCAGCAAGUCCGACAUCUGGGCUUUCGGGGUCCUGAUGUGGGAGGUCUACACUCUUGGCAAGAUUCCCUACGAGCGCUUAUCUAACACAGAUAUAGUUCAGGAGGUGUCGUGUGGCCUGCGUCUCUAUCGCCCCCAGUUGGCCAAUGACAGAAUUUAUGCUAUCAUGACAAGCUGCUGGCAUGAGAAACCAGAAGAACGUCCAACAUUUCAGGACCUUGUGAUAACUGUUGAAGAUCUACUGUAUGAACUUCAAUAAGUGGGAGUCCAAAGCAAGGACCUGGAACAUUUCUUGUGGUGUUUUCUUGCAUUACCUCAAAGAAAAGUUGAACUUGAGGUUUACUGCCUUAGUGGACACCAGUCUGGUCACCUUUUACAGUCACAGACCAUCCAGUCUGGUGAGCUAGGCUUUUGCUCACAAGUGAUCUCAAGCCGGAGAUCUUGUAAGGACCCAAACAAUGUGAGCUGUGGAACAAUGCUGUUUUAAUUCGUUUUGAAAAGUCUCAGGAAUUAUUUGAUGUAUGCCUCUAUGUUUUUUCAAAUGGAAUCCACUGACUGUGUUUUUUGAUUAGACAGUAAAAGCCAUAAAAAUAUUGAACAAACUUGAAUAGGCAGUUUCAGCAAAUGAGACUUUUGUGUCUAGCAUCUUCUACCUUGCUUGACUAAAUUCUAAUUAUUUUUUGUCAUUCUUUCAAUGUUGCCAGCCACACAAACUAAAAUGCACUGUUCACUCAGAGCCUGUGUUCAUUUUAUAGUGUCAUUAAAUCAUUCAAAAUCAUGA